AUGGCACCGCGGCGUCACGCCAACGGCGGCCACGGCGGUGGCGGCGGUGGCGGCGCUGGCGCUGGCGCUGGCGGCCUCCUGGAGAACGGGGGCGGCGUCGGCGGCGGUGGCAACGGCGGCAACGGCGUCGGCACCAACGAUCCCAUGGACAACCUCCUGGGCCAGAGCCAGACGACGCGCUGCUGCACCCCGACCGGCGAGUGCCUGCGCGGCGACACCCUCAUCCGGCUCAACGCCCUGCACGACGCGGUCAAGGUCACCUGCAACAACGACAACUGCCCGGUCGGCCAGUUCAUGCAUCGCGAGUGCUUCGACGCCUGGGAGCAGACGGUGCUGACGUACCUCAAGAGCUGCGGCCGCGCCCGCAGCUGGUCCGAGCGCCAGCGUCACCAGAACCUCUGGACGAAGAAGGGCUACGAUCUCGCGUUCAAGGCGUGCGGCUGCCGCUGCGGCCGCGGCCACCUCAAGAAGGACCUCGACUGGAUGCCGCCCGGCCUCGGCAACGUGCCCGGCAACCGCGCCGACGAGAGCGAGGCGAAGAAGAAGAAGCGGCGCAACCGGCAGAACACCCGGCCGAGCCUGGCGGUCUCGGCCGGCCCGCCCAGCCACGCCGGCCACGUCGCCGCCAACGGCCGCGGCACCAGCGAGGCGCAGAUGAUCGAGUCCGGCCGCGGCCGGGCCGGCUCCCUGUCGUCCAGCACCGGCUCCAGCUCGCCGCCGGCCACCAGCGAGCCCAGCGUCAGCCCGCUUCACCAGCCGCAGGCCAUCAUGAAGAAGAAGAGCAAGGUCGAUUUCUUCAGCGAUCGCGCGAGACAAAGCUGCGGCGCCAAUGGCAUCUUCUCGCGUCGCCUGGAUUUCAGCGCUUUCAACAGUCUACCCCGCACCAAGCUCAACUCCUAUCACAUCAAGAUGGAAGACGAGGGUAAUCACGGCAACGACGACACGAGAUGCUUCAUCCUAUCGACAUUGGCCGCUCUGCAGUGGUCUCGAGUUACGUGCGUCCUUUGUCGCGCGGCUAUGCUGGUUUUCGACAGGUACCCCCUGGUGGACGGUACAUUCUUCUUGUCACCCAGACAGCACUCGUCUGCCUGCGCCGAGGUGAAGGUCGAAGGUCGCACGCAGUUCUUGUCAGCCGUGUGCAUGAGUUGUUUGGAGGGCAGCGGCGGGCAGCCUGUACGCUGCCGUUUCUGUACCCAACCGUGGGAUGGCUCGAGCUUGGUCCUCGGUACCAUGUACAGCUACGAUAUUUUCGCCGCCAUGCCCUGCUGCAGCGAGCGACUGAAGUGCAACAGCUGCCAGAAACCCCUGAUCUACCCCCAUCAGCGACUGAACUUCUACUCGGACUACAGCCGCGUCUUCGGCUGCCCGCACUGCAGGGCGGUCGACGCCCACUUCGUGAAGCCGCUCUCGGCCUGCUUCACCCGCGAGCAGUUUCAGCUCUACAGCCAGUGGCCGUAACCAUUAGAGAACUUAGCGAACCGCCGCCGUACGCGCACGAACGCGGCCGACUUGUGUCCUCUCUUUUACAAGUCGAUCUCCCUGUUCCGGACGACCGUGCUCUAGAAUCCUCCCCUCGCGACCUGUAGGAGACACUUGACGAUGGCGAACGCGCACGGGGGCCGCGAUCCUUCCUGGCGCGUGUUGUCGGCCGGAUCCACCGAUGUAUUAAUUCCUCGCCAGACGCUUUUAUUUCGGUCGACAGCUGCUCUUAUUUGUUCGUAAUUCCCUAAGAAUCGUUUUUUCUUUUCUUAACAAUCAGCAGACUUCUGUGCGACGACGAUGCGCGCGAGCCCCUUGGCGCAUUCCCGUAGUACUAAUAAAAAUUAAGAUGUUUCUUUUUAACGUCGAUUGUAGAUUUGUUUGUCUAGGUUGAACAUAAGCGGGAGACGUCGAGUUAUGCGCGCGAGGCAAAAUUGGUGUACUUCAUUUUCCCCCCCGCGUAACGUUGCUCUUUAAGUUUCUUAAGGCAUUUAUUCGUGCGUUUUGUGGGAGAAGAGACGGCAAUUAAUCUUUUUAUUAGUAUGCAUUGCUUUAACGAUUGUCAUUACGGACGUGUCUCUCUGAUAUAGAUGAUUGUUGAAAACUAGCGCUACGUUUUCGUUGCAAAAAUCUGUACGUUUCAUCGUUUGUGCAUACAACUUUUUACUACCGAACUGAAUCAUCUAUCUCAGACGAUUUCAGAAACUUCUCGGAUGACAAGCGAUAGCUUCGCCGUCUCCCGUUUCACAAUAUAUAGUGGAAUUGCUUUAAAGAAAAAUAAAGUACAUGAAAUAAAUUUAGGCGGAGAUAAACGA